GCAGUCUUGAUUUUAGUCUUGUUUACCUUUAAAUGUCAAGAGAUUGCAAGAGGCGGAUAACCAAAUGAACGUGAACGUCGGCAAAAAGUUUAAAUUAAAAAAGAAAUGAUUAUUAAAAUAUAACAACAAAUUGAUUGUUUGGAUUAAACAUUACUGUAGUUUUCUUAGGAAUAUGCAAAAUAAACAAGUACAUCAAGUGAAUAAAUGAUAUAUAUCUUUGAAAUUUGAUACAGAGAUAUCAACCUCCAAUUCAUCAUGACUGUAUCUCUACUUAAAAAUCCAGAAAUGCACUUCGGUGCAAUUACUUUCUUUGCGAGACAACACAAGGAGGACAUGUGUGGGAGUAAUGGUUUGCCAUUAACGCCGAAUUCUAUUAUUAUAUAUGGAAGAGCUCAAAUACUGAAAUCAAUUAAUAGCCCAUAUUUAUGUCAAUAUCUGGAUAUAAUUCGUGGUAAACACGAAAGAACUGUGGUAGUAUGCCAGUACUGUGGAACACCUUUAGUAGAUUAUUUAGAGAAGAAACAAUUUUCAUUAGAUGAUGUAGUUUUUAUAGCAUACCAAAUUCUUCAAGGAUUAAAAGAACUUCAUAAGAGGAAUAUAGUGCAUCGUAAUUUAAGUAGUGAGAAUGUGCUGCUACAAGGAAAUAAUAUAAAAAUGUUUAACUAUGGACUUUACUAUUUAACAUAUAAUGGCAAAUUGGUGUCUUUUCCUGUAAUACAAUUGCUGUAUGCUGCUCCUGAGAUAUACCUUGAUGGAAUUCAAUACAGUCUUCCAAAUCCAAAAGUAGAUAUUUGGGCUUUAGGAAUAAUAUUGGUAGAGUUGGUGCUUAACAAGUCUCUGUGGAGUACAUUGAAAGUGGGACAAAGAAUUAGGAAAAUUUUGAGUCUUCUACAGUCAAAUACAUCUGUUUUUGAGAGAAUAGCUAGGGAACAUAAUGCAUAUGAUCAAUAUAUAAGCUUGCCUGAUGAUAUAAAGGAACUUAUAGAAUGUUGCCUUCAAAUAGACCCCUCCAUAAGACCUACUUGUGACGAGCUGCUCCAGAAAAAGGUUUUUAAUAAGUUUAACUUACAAAAUGGAUAUGUUAAGGAGAUUUUUUCCAAGAACUUUGAGAUUUUUACUAUACACGAGCUGUAUCAUUGGUGGCAGUUAGCUGGCGGGGAUGUGCUGCAGGAAUUAAAGAAACAAGGACUUAUAAGGUCAAGUCCUCCUAUAUUAUCAUUACCACAUUUGCUUCUAAUAGAAGGUAAUAUCUUAGGACAGGAUCGCAACCCAGCCACACUAUACGAUCCAAGAGUAGUAGAAAUGCCUUUAGAUACAUUAUAUCAAAGAUUCGAGAACAUUCCCUUUUCUGCUUUCUAUCCAUUAAUCCAGAUCAAGUGCGAUGUGAUAUCCCAAUCAGAACCGCCUCCUUAUGAUGCGACUGGAUUACCUCUCAUAAUCAAGGAGAGAGAUCCCGAAUAUCAGUUCCACAGAAUAAUAUUGUUUAGAAGGCUAUUACAUGGUUAUCCGUUUACGAAAGAACUUAUCUGUAGAGAAGCCUCUAAGGACAUUCCUCCUUUGUUAAGAGGAGAGGUUUGGGCGGCUCUAUUAGGAAUAAAAAGUGAUUAUAAGUGUCAGUAUAUGAAACUAGAUAAAUAUACAUUGACACCGACAGAUCGACAGAUAGAAGUGGACAUACCCAGAUGUCACCAAUACAAUGAACUCCUGUCAUCUUCUGAAGGCCACAACAAGCUCAAGCGUAUUUUGAAGGCGUGGGUGUCUAAAAACUCCCAGUAUGUUUACUGGCAAGGGUUGGAUUCGCUUACAGCUCCAUUUCUGUAUCUCAAUUUUAAUGAUGAAGCAAAAGCAUUUUCUUGCUUAUCACUGUUCGUUCCAAAAUAUCUACACAAGUUUUUUCUCAAAGACAAUUCCGCUGUGAUAGAAGAAUAUUUAGCAAAGUUUUCCCAAUUGAUUGCAUUCCAUGAUCCCGUUUUGGCGAACCAUUUGUACGAGAUCAACUUUUAUCCACAGUUAUUUGCGAUCCCUUGGUUUCUCACUCUGUUUUCACAUGUGUUUCCGCUUUACAAAAUCCUUCACUUGUGGGAUAAGGUUCUUCUCGGAAACUCUUCGUAUUCUCUCCACAUAGGUCUUUCAGUAUUGACUCAACUCAGGGAUAGAUUGCUAAAUUCUGGCUUCAACGAAUGCAUUCUGCUGUUUUCCGAUUUACCCGAAGUGGAUAUAGAAAAGUGUGUAAUGUUGUCGACCGAUACUUUUAAAAGUACUCCUGGCAGUAUAACCGAUAGGGAACACGAUAAUGAAUCUUUCAGAAUCAGAGAUGAAUUUGAUAUUUCGGGAGUCACACUGCAAGAUUUGAAGAAAGAAAGGUAUCCUCGGAUCAGCGCCAAGGAUGUAAUAGACUUAGUUCGAAGCAAGCCUGACAAGUUAAUAAUAAUAGACAUACGUAAUCUCGUCGAAUUCAAUCGUUGUUGUGUGAUCAACAGCAUCAAUAUUCCAUUUUCUAGUGUAUCGUUUAAAGAGAACAAAAUAGAAAAUAUAGGACAUCACAGCUCCCUUCUAGAGAAUUCAAAGGAUAAAAUAGUCGUAAUAAUUGGAGAUGAAGAAACUGACUUGGAACUGUUUCCCACUUUCCUGCUUACUUGCAACGUUAAGAAAGUCUGCGUUCUGCAUGGCGGAUUUAACGUACUACUCUCUGUAUCACCGACGAUUUUGAUGUCCCAUAAUCUGGCUUUGUGAUAACAACCUCCUAAGAGAUUUGAUCUCUUUAGUCCGUUUCUAAAUAGGAAUAAAUAAUUUUUUAAUGAUUUCAUAGAAUACGUAAUAUCUUUUAAAAUCAGUAUUUUUUCAAGAAAAGAAAUGAGAUUAUUUUAAUAAUAAUAUAAUUCAUAAUAAAAGAUAAAGGAUACAUAGGUACAUCGUACAUAUAGAGUGGCGUAUUAUGUACUGGAAGGUAUCAAUGCCUGUCUUUUCGUUUACAUUACGACUUGUUUCGUCCUUAUUGUAGCUCCUCAGAUAAUGUUAGAUUUAAAAAAAAAUAAGAAAAAGGCCAGAGACAAAAUUUGUAAGACAAUUUCGUAUCUAACAGUGUAGUAUCGCUAUGCAGAAUUAUCUACUUUGGAUGACAGGCAAUAGAGACCACUGUAUGUCUCUUAAUUACAUAGAAACCACAAAUUACUUAGUCACGCUUAGUAGUAACAUAUGUAGUUUACAGACAUACAGUGGUAUCUACAUCUAUAGGUGGCGCUACACAGCAAUACCACUCUGUUAAGUUAAAAAUUUGUUUACGAAUUCUGCCUUUCUAUUUUCCAGUGUGUUUUUGAUUAUUUGAUGAGGCCUCAACAAAUAAAAACAUAUAAUGUGAACGAAGACAGACUUUUAGAGAGAAUUCCAUGUUUUUUUGGUGCUUAAUACGCCACCAUCUUUAAACUGACUUACAAAAAUUUCUUGUUGGAAGUGUCCGACUGUUGAAUGUUGGCAAUGUGAUAUUGGCAAUAACAAUUUUGUUUAGGGCAGCUUAUUGUGAUUUUCCAGCCAAAUAUAACGCAAUCACACUAUUACGUUUAAAUUCCAUUGCGAAACUUUUGUCACAGAAUAAUAAACAAUCAGAAUGCCCACUCUCAGAUGCAGCCUUUGAAAUUUUUCGGCACACAACAUAUGACUUGUGACGUUAUGUAAUUGUUUAUAGUUAUGUUUAAUUAUAUUAUAUUUACCUUGUUAAUAUAAUUGUAUAGUAUGUCUAUGAUUGCCGUAAGUCAAUUAAACCGGGUUAAUUUUUCUAUGCACACCACAUAAACAACACUGGUUCCCUUUAAAACACGGCGGAACGUCUGCGCGAACGAGGUGCGCGUACUUAAUUUUCCAUGGAGAGUGGGCAUUCUGAUUGUAUAUUAUUCUGUGCUUUUGUUGUAUGCAUAAAACUUAAAUGCAAAUUUUUGACGGCUUAUAAACAAUAUACUAAAGUGUUAUCAGGUCAACUUUGACGUAGCUGUCAUUAUCGAUUUGUCAGGUAUAUCGAUGUGAAGUUGGUAACAGUUCAAUUGCGUAACCCUGUAUAUUAUUCUCUUUAUAAUUAUCCCAUUCACGAACAUUUUUGUAAAUAGUUAUGGUGUAAAAUAGUUUAAUUUAUCAUCGCUUUAUAUAUUACUUUUUGAAUUUGAAAAACAAUACUGACGGCUUAUACUAUACAAUCUGGAACACAUUUUAUAGGCAUUAGACGCAACUAUUCUGCGCCUAAUCAAGCAGCGGCGUUCAUUGUGGAACAUUCUUCCCCUUUCGCCUAUACCAGUUUCCUUGCUAUAUGGGGUUUUGGUAUAACAAUAAGUCAGUUUAAGUAUGUAUUAUUUGUGGCUAUGUGGCUAAAAUCUAAGUUUAUUGGACAGCCUACUUUAAUUAGGUUUUUUUUUCGAUCGAUCUAUAGUAUUUAUUUGCAACAUAACUGAUUGUAAAUAUUUUUAACCAUCAGUACUUUAUGUAUCAAUAUAUUGUAUAAUUAGUCUGAUCAAAAGUUUUGUUUUCUUAUUUUGAUUUGUUUAUGUACUAAUAGGUUGAACAAAUGUAUAUACAUACACUUUUUUGUAUUCAUAUUUAUAAGUAAGAAUAUUGAGUUGUAUCUACUUACAGAUUAUUUAC